AUGUCGUUCCCGCCCCGGCCUCCAAUGGUCCCAUACGGGAUUGCACCGGGAGUCGUCACCAUGCCCAUGGCUACACAUGUGAUGGUGGGGGCUUACGGCGGUAGUACAAUAAGCACAGGCGCAGGUCGCGGAGCCUUGCUGCCGGCGCCUUUGCCCACUAAACAGCCACCGCCCCCGCGGCCUGUGCUCCGACAGACCAACGGCAAAGAGCCCGAAGGUCCCGCCGUCACUGUUUUCAUAGGCAACAUAAGUAGUCGAGUGCCGGACACAAUGAUCCGAGCGCUUUUGUCGGCCUGCGGGCCGGUGCUCAGCUGGAAGCGAGUGUCUACAUUUGGCUUCUGUGAGUUCGCGGGGCCCGAAGCAGCGCUUCGUUGUGUUCGUUUGUUACACGAGUUUGCACUCGCAGACAAGAAGUUGCUCGCCAGGACAGACGGGAAGAUGCAGGCGCUCGUUGAUACCUACAAGACCGAGCAGCGGUCGCGGCUGUCGGGCGAGGAGGGUGCGGGCGGCGGGGAGGCGGGCGGCGGCGGGGAGGGGGCGGGCGCGGGGGCGGGCGCGGGCGCGGAGGGGGAGGCGGAGGGCGAGGGCUACCUGGACGCGGCGCAGCGCGCGCUGGACGAGGCGGCGCAGCGGCGCCUGGCCGAGAUCAUGCGCGACCACCAGGACGAGAUCAACAACUACGAGCUCAUGCAGAAAGAGGAGGCAAUAUCGAAAACGGCUCGCGUAUUGGAGGAGGCCGAUAUAUCUGAGGAGAAGCGCGAUGUCAUACACCGUGAGAUCGGCAAGUUUCGGGAGAGCAUGAAGGAGGAGGCCGAUGUGGUGGUGAGGCGCAAGCGAGACAACAAAGAUGAGCGCGAGCGGGACAAAGAUAAGGAGCGCGACCGCGAGCGGGAAAGAGAGAAGACCGAGAGAGAGAGGCGUAGAACGAGCCCAGUCAGGACUAAGGAUCGUCGCGACGAUCGUGACAAGGAGAGAGAGCGGGAACGCGAAGAAAGGGAGAGGGAGAGGGACAGAGAGCGCGAGAGAGAACGCGAGAGAGAGCGGGAGAGAGAGAUUCGUGAGCGAGAAAGGGAACGUGAAAUACGAGAAAGAGAAAAGGAACGCGAGCGUGAACGCGAUAGAGAGAGGGAACGCGAAAGAGAACGGGAAAGAGAAAGAGAACGAUCACGUGACCGAGAUCGCGAGAGGGAGAGGGAUCGAGAUAGAGAAAAGUCUAGAGGUCGCAGUAGAAGUGAAGCCGAUGCUCGCCGGGAGAAGGAGAUGGAGGAAGAAGCGCGCGAGAAGAAGCGGCUCGAGAAAAAGGCACGCGAGAAGGAAGUCGCGUACCAGGAGAGGCUGCGCAAGUGGGAGAGCCGCGAGCGGCGCAAGGCGCAAGAGCACGCGCGCUCGCGCUCCCGCUCUCGCGCCCGCUCGCACGAGCGCGCGCGCGAGGCCAAGCGCCUCAAGGAGUUCCUCGAGGACUACGACGACGAGCGCGACGACCACAAGUACUACAAGGGCAAGGAGCUGGCGCGGCGGCUGGGCGCGCGCGUGCGCGAGGCGGAGGCGGACGCGCGGGAGCGCGCGCGCGAGGCCGACGAGCUGGAGGCGCUGCGCCGCGACCUGGCCGCCGGCGCCAGCCCGCGAGCUGCUGCGGCUGCCUGGGCCCGCGCGCGCCGCGACCACGACGCGCAGUACGAGCCGCGCGCCAUCCUCGACGCCAGCGAGCCGUCGCACCGCCACCGCCACCACCGCCACCGCAACGCGCACAGCGGGCGACACGCGGCGGCCGCGGACGCGGGCGCGGAGGGCGCGGAGGAGGCGCGCGCUGUGUCGGCGGGCGGCUCGCUCACGCCGCCCGCGCCGCCCUCGCCACGCUCGCCCGCCUCGCCGCGCUCCCCACGCUCUCCGUCCCCGCGCUCCCCGCCGCCCUCGCCGUCACCGCCCUCGCCUCGCUCCCCACGCUCGCCGCGCUCGCCCCGCUCGGAGCGUGCGGCGAGCGAGGCAGCAGCGAGCGCGAGCGAGGCGGGUGCGGGGGGCACGGGGGGCGGGGCCACGCCGCCACGACGCCGCCACCGGCACCGGCACCGCCGCCUCGACACGCCGCCGCCGGCGCGUACCCCGCCGCACAGCGCGGGUAGCACGCCGCCGCGGCCGCCCUCGCCCGAGCGCUCCGUGCGCCACCACGUGAGUACACGCACACACAUACACCUUCACACCGAGCGCUCCGUGCGCCACCACGUGAGUACACGCACACACAUACACCUUCACACCGAGCGCUCCGUGCGCCACCACGUGAGUACACGCACACACAUACACCUUCACACCGAGCGCUCCGUGCGCCACCACGUGAGUACACGCACACACAUACACCUUCACACCGAGCGCUCCGUGCGCCACCACGUGAGUACACGCACACACAUACACCUUCACACCGAGCGCUCCGUGCGCCACCACGUGAGUACACGCACACACAUACACCUUCACACCGAGCGCUCCGUGCGCCACCACGUGAGUACACGCACACACAUACACCUUCACACCGAGCGCUCCGUGCGCCACCACGUGAGUACACGCACGCACAUACACCUUCACACCGAGCGCUCCGUGCGCCACCACGUGAGUACACGCACACACAUACACCUUCACACCGAGCGCUCCGUGCGCCACCACGUGAGUACACGCACACACAUACACCUUCACACCGAGCGCUCCGUGCGCCACCACGUGAGUACACGCACACACAUACACCUUCACACCGAGCGCUCCGUGCGCCACCACGUGAGUACACGCACACACAUACACCUUCACACCGAGCGCUCCGUGCGCCACCACGUGAGUACACGCACACACAUACACCUUCACACCGAGCGCUCCGUGCGCCACCACGUGAGUACACGCACACACAUACACCUUCACACCGAGCGCUCCGUGCGCCACCACGUGAGUACACGCACACACAUACACCUUCACACCGAGCGCUCCGUGCGCCACCACGUGAGUACACGCACACACAUACACCUUCACACCGAGCGCUCCGUGCGCCACCACGUGAGUACACGCACGCACAUACACCUUCACACCGAGCGCUCCGUGCGCCACCACGUGAGUACACGCACACACAUACACCUUCACACCGAGCGCUCCGUGCGCCACCACGUGAGUACACGCACACACAUACACCUUCACACCGAGCGCUCCGUGCGCCACCACGUGAGUACACGCACGCACAUACACCUUCACACCGAGCGCUCCGUGCGCCACCACGUGAGUACACGCACACACAUACACCUUCACACCGAGCGCUCCGUGCGCCACCACGUGAGUACACGCACACACAUACACCUUCACACCGAGCGCUCCGUGCGCCACCACGUGAGUACACGCACACACAUACACCUUCACACCGAGCGCUCCGUGCGCCACCACGUGAGUACACGCACACACAUACACCUUCACACCGAGCGCUCCGUGCGCCACCACGUGAGUACACGCACACACAUACACCUUCACACCGAGCGCUCCGUGCGCCACCACGUGAGUACACGCACACACAUACACCUUCACACCGAGCGCUCCGUGCGCCACCACGUGAGUACACGCACACACAUACACCUUCACACCGAGCGCUCCGUGCGCCACCACGUGAGUACACGCACACACAUACACCUUCACACCGAGCGCUCCGUGCGCCACCACGUGAGUACACGCACACACAUACACCUUCACACCGAGCGCUCCGUGCGCCACCACGUGAGUACACGCACACACAUACACCUUCACACCGAGCGCUCCGUGCGCCACCACGUGAGUACACGCACGCACAUAUACCUUCACACCGAGCGCUCCGUGCGCCACCACGUGAGUACACGCACACACAUACACCUUCACACCGAGCGCUCCGUGCGCCACCACGUGAGUACACGCACACACAUACACCUUCACACCGAGCGCUCCGUGCGCCACCACGUGAGUACACGCACACACAUACACCUUCACACCGAGCGCUCCGUGCGCCACCACGUGACGCUCCGUGCGCCACCACGUGAGUACACGCACACACAUACACCUUCACACCGAGCGCUCCGUGCGCCACCACGUGAGUACACGCACACACAUACACCUUCACACCGAGCGCUCCGUGCGCCACCACGUGAGUACACGCACACACAUACACCUUCACACCGAGCGCUCCGUGCGCCACCACGUGAGUACACGCACACACAUACACCUUCACACCGAGCGCUCCGUGCGCCACCACGUGAGUACACGCACACACAUACACCUUCACACCGAGCGCUCCGUGCGCCACCACGUGAGUACACGCACACACAUACACCUUCACACCGAGCGCUCCGUGCGCCACCACGUGAGUACACGCACACACAUACACCUUCACACCGAGCGCUCCGUGCGCCACCACGUGAGUACACGCACGCACAUAUACCUUCACACCGAGCGCUCCGUGCGCCACCACGUGAGUACACGCACACACAUACACCUUCACACCGAGCGCUCCGUGCGCCACCACGUGAGUACACGCACACACAUACACCUUCACACCGAGCGCUCCGUGCGCCACCACGUGAGUACACGCACACACAUACACCUUCACACCGAGCGCUCCGUGCGCCACCACGUGAGUACACGCACACACAUACACCUUCACACCGAGCGCUCCGUGCGCCACCACGUGAGUACACGCACACACAUACACCUUCACACCGAGCGCUCCGUGCGCCACCACGUGAGUACACGCACGCACAUACACCUUCACACCGAGCGCUCCGUGCGCCACCACGUGAGUACACGCACACACAUACACCUUCACACCGAGCGCUCCGUGCGCCACCACGUGAGUACACGCACACACAUACACCUUCACACCGAGCGCUCCGUGCGCCACCACGUGAGUACACGCACACACAUACACCUUCACACCGAGCGCUCCGUGCGCCACCACGUGAGUACACGCACACACAUACACCUUCACACCGAGCGCUCCGUGCGCCACCACGUGAGUACACGCACACACAUACACCUUCACACCGAGCGCUCCGUGCGCCACCACGUGAGUACACGCACGCACAUAUACCUUCACACCGAGCGCUCCGUGCGCCACCACGUGAGUACACGCACACACAUACACCUUCACACCGAGCGCUCCGUGCGCCACCACGUGAGUACACGCACACACAUACACCUUCACACCGAGCGCUCCGUGCGCCACCACGUGAGUACACGCACACACAUACACCUUCACACCGAGCGCUCCGUGCGCCACCACGUGAGUACACGCACGCACAUACACAUUCACACCGAGCGCUCCGUGCGCCACCACGUGAGUACACGCACAUACACCUUCACACCGAGCGCUCCGUGCGCCACCACGUGAGUACACGCACACACAUACACCUUCACACCGAGCGCUCCGUGCGCCACCACGUGAGUACACGCACACACAUACACCUUCACACCGAGCGCUCCGUGCGCCACCACGUGAGUACACGCACACACAUACACCUUCACACCGAGCGCUCCGUGCGCCACCACGUGAGUACACGCACACACAUACACCUUCACACCGAGCGCUCCGUGCGCCACCACGUGAGUACACGCACACACAUACACCUUCACACCGAGCGCUCCGUGCGCCACCACGUGAGUACACGCACACACAUACACCUUCACACCGAGCGCUCCGUGCGCCACCACGUGAGUACACGCACACACAUACACCUUCACACCGAGCGCUCCGUGCGCCACCACGUGAGUACACGCACACACAUACACCUUCACACCGAGCGCUCCGUGCGCCACCACGUGAGUACACGCACACACAUACACCUUCACACCGAGCGCUCCGUGCGCCACCACGUGAGUACACGCACACACAUACACCUUCACACCGAGCGCUCCGUGCGCCACCACGUGAGUACACGCACACACAUACACCUUCACACCGAGCGCUCCGUGCGCCACCACGUGAGUACACGCACACACAUACACCUUCACACCGAGCGCUCCGUGCGCCACCACGUGAGUACACGCACACACAUACACCUUCACACCGAGCGCUCCGUGCGCCACCACGUGAGUACACGCACACACAUACACCUUCACACCGAGCGCUCCGUGCGCCACCACGUGAGUACACGCACACACAUACACCUUCACACCGAGCGCUCCGUGCGCCACCACGUGAGUACACGCACACACAUACACCUUCACACCGAGCGCUCCGUGCGUCACCACGUGAGUACACGCACACACAUACACCUUCACACCGAGCGCUCCGUGCGCCACCACGUGAGUACACGCACACACAUACACCUUCACACCGAGCGCUCCGUGCGCCACCACGUGAGUACACGCACACACAUACACCUUCACACCGAGCGCUCCGUGCGCCACCACGUGAGUACACGCACGCACAUACACCUUCACACCGAGCGCUCCGUGCGCCACCACGUGAGUACACGCACACACAUACACCUUCACACCGAGCGCUCCGUGCGCCACCACGUGAGUACACGCACACACAUACACCUUCACACCGAGCGCUCCGUGCGCCACCACGUGAGUACACGCACGCACAUACACCUUCACACCGAGCGCUCCGUGCGCCACCACGUGAGUACACGCACGCACAUACACCUUAACACCGAGCGCUCCGUGCGCCACCACGUGAGUACACGCACACACAUACACCUUCACACCGAGCGCUCCGUGCGCCACCACGUGAGUACACGCACACACAUACACCUUCACACCGAGCGCUCCGUGCGCCACCACGUGAGUACACGCACACACAUACACCUUCACACCGAGCGCUCCGUGCGCCACCACGUGAGUACACGCACACACAUACACCUUCACACCGAGCGCUCCGUGCGCCACCACGUGAGUACACGCACACACAUACACCUUCACACCGAGCGCUCCGUGCGCCACCACGCGGCGACGUCGGGCGGCAGCUCGCCCAUCAGCAUCACGUUCCGCAGCAAGCCCAGCCCCACGCCCUCCGCCGACACGCCCACAAUGGAGGGCCGCUCGCGCCGUGUGCACGCCGCCUUCGCGCGCGACGACGACUCGCCGCCAGUUAAAGAAAAAGCCCCAGGCCGCCGACCCAGCAUAAGCGGCUCCAAAGAUUCCCAAUCAGAUAAAAGCAAAAAGGGCGACAGCGGCGACCCGGAGAAAGACAAAGAAAAAGAGAAGGAGAACAAAUCUGCGGAGGAGAAGCGCAAACACAUAAAGAGCUUGAUCGACAAAAUCCCAACGCAGAAGGAUCAGCUAUUCCAGUACAAGUUGGACACAUCGCAGAUCGACAACACGCUGAUGGAGAAGAAGAUUCGGCCGUGGAUCAACAAGAAGAUCAUCGAGUACAUCGGCGAGCCGGAGCCUACUCUAGUUGACUUUAUCUGCAGCAAAGUGCUGGCUGGCUCCGCGCCCGCCGGCAUCCUGGAUGACGUGCAGAUGGUGUUGGACGAUGAAGCGGAAGUGUUCGUGGUGAAAAUGUGGCGCCUGCUCAUAUACGAGCUGGAGGCCAAGCGGGCGGGCCUACACAAGUGA